UUCAGACUCGCAUAUGUCAAAAGUCAAAAUAAUUAUUCUGUAAACUUCUCAGAAAUCAUAUUUGGUGAAGUGAAGGAUAAUUUUUUUUUUAGAUAUUCUUGUACUCGGUACCUUGGGGGAAUAGUCUAAGGUUAAUUUAAGUCGUUCGACAUAUUUUAGCUCUUCUUUAAAGUGUUUUUAUAAUUUAAGUUCAGCAGUUAAGUGGUGCAAUAUAAAAUGCCUAUCAGUGGCUAUGAUACUCACGACGAUGGUCCCGGAUUUGUAGGAAUAAGAUUUUGCCAAGAAUGAUUUUGUGUUUCAGCAAUAACAUGUUGUAUCCAAGAGAAGAUAAGGAAAAUAAGGUGUUGCUAUAUGCUUGCCGAAACUGUGACUACAAGACAUUGGCUGACAGCAACUGCAUUUAUGUAAAUAAAAUUAUGCACGAAAUCGAUGAGUUGACACACAUAGUGUCUGAUGUCAUCUCUGAUCCUACAUUGCCCAAGACUGAAGAUCAUCCUUGCCCUAAGUGCAGUCACAGAGAAGCAGUGUUCUUCCAGGCCCAAACACGUCGAGCUGAGGAAGAAAUGAGGCUUUACUACGUUUGUACCAACCAACACUGCACUCAUAGAUGGACUGAAUAGACAGGAGUUGAAUUUUUUAAUUUUGUUUUGUAAAAGAAAUAACCUUUCAUUAAAAUUAUAUAAAUAAAUAUUAUCAGAAGUAUUA